AUGACAGAAAAAAAGGCAGAAGAAGAGACAAAGAGUCAACAAUAUCAUCCCCAAAAAGAAAGGGAUGAUGAGAAGAAAAAUAACACAGAUGGCAAGUUCAAACCCAAGGAAGGCGAUGCAUUGAAGAUAACAGAAAAAAAGGCAAAAGAAGAGACAAAGAGUCAACAACAUCAUCCUCCAAAACAAAGGCAUAUUGAGAAGAAAAAUAGCACAGAUGGCAAGCUCAAAACCAAGGAGAGCCAUACAUUGAAGAUGACAGAAAAAAAGGCCAAAGAAGAGACAAAGAGUCAACAACAUCAUCCUACAAAACGAAGCCAUAAUGAGAAGAAAAAUAACACAGAUGGCAAGCUCAAAACCAAGGCAGGGUUGGCCGAACCUACUGAUAAACAUGAACGAAAAGCUCAUUCCAUGAUGACGAAAAGGGCACAGGGCAAAGUCCAGAACAUGGAUUACAAGAAGUUGGAAGAAUUGCUCCAAAGGAAUCGGGGUGAUGCUCUUCUGUACUUAGCAUCACCUGAAAACAAUUUUUGUGCGCUUCUUGUGUCUGAAAAGGUGAAAGGUGAUCUUCUCCAUCUUCUCUUGUCUGUGUUGGUUUAUGUAGGCCAGGCAGAUCACUUGCGAAUGCAUCUGAUUAAAGUGCUUAACAUAACCAAUGAAUCACCAUUGCUUUCAUCAGUCGGCCCGGUUCAGAGUUGUAUUAUCAAGAUGGCUUUUGUUCAAAACAUCCAGGCUGUCGAUGUCAAAUUUCUUGGCAACGUAAUCAAGUUGGUCCAGUUACUUCUGACAUAUCUGUCUCGAUCCAGUUACCUACACGCUAGCUCUCUUUUACCACUAAUACAGAAGGUAGUAGAUGGCAAGGCAGACAGUGAUAAUAUUGAGUGCCUUAAAGAACCAUUACUGCAAGCCACUCAGAUGAAAGAUGCUGUUGAAAAUGACCUAAGACUUGGGUUUCAAGCACAAGAUGCAAUAAGCACUCCUAAAGAUCUCACAACUGUUCCCAAUGAUUUUCGUGAGUUUAGUAUAUUUCCAAGUAGAGAAGACCUUAUCACCAAUGAACAACCUUUCCUGAGGGCCAACAUCGUGAAAGGAAAGUACAGUUCCGUGGAUCAUUAUCUUGAUGUCCAGUUUAGGCUGCUGCGGGAAGAUUUCAUAGCACCACUUCGUAAUGGCAUCAAAGAGUACUUGGUCAAUUUGGAUCAGGGCCAAGAACAUGCCAGGUUGUCAGAUGUUAGGGUAUACCAUAAUGUCCACUUUCUAAUGCCCAAUUGUGCUAAGAAUCAAAUCACUUAUCCGGUCAAGUUUGAUGUGUCGAGGCUCUCCAGGGUCAAGUGGGAUUAUAGUAAACGACUGAUAUUUGGCUCCAUGGUAUGUUUGUCAAAGGACAGGUUUGAAACUGUAAUUUUUGCAACAGUUGCUGAUAGAGACCCAGAGAAGCUUCAGGAAGGUAUUAUUGACCUCCACUGUGAUGAGGCGAGCCUUGCAGUGCUUGCCACAAGCAUGCAUGAGGUUUUUGUGAUGGUUGAGUCUUCUGCCUAUUUUGAAGCAUACCGUCAUGUCUUGAGGGGUCUUCAGGAGUUGAACCAGGAAAAAUUACCCCUUCAAAAGUACAUUAUUGGCUGUGAUAGUGCGCCCAGACCACCGAAAUACAUUUUAGCUUCCGGCCUGCCAUUGGACCUCACCUGUCUAAUUGACACAGAUGUUGUAGGACGAGAAAAGUUUGAAGCAGUUGACAUUUUCAAAGAAGAUACUUGGCCAAAUGCAGAGAUGCUGAACUUAGAUGAAUCACAAAGUGCAGCAUUGAAGAGUGCACUAACCAGGGAAUUCUCUGUCAUUCAAGGUCCACCUGGAACGGGAAAAACUUACAUAGGUUUAAAGGUGGCGAGAGCUCUUCUGGCAAAUAGACGAAUGUGGGCAUUUGAACAUGUACAAACAGGACAGAGACAGGACAAUGGCAAUGGCACCCAACACAAUCCUUUAAAUUUGUUUGAACCAGAAGAGGGGGACCCAAAAGAGAGAGAUGUUAACAGACCGAUACUGCUCGUAUGUUAUACCAAUCAUGCCCUAGACCAGUUUUUAGAAGGCAUUGUAAAGUUUCAACCCGACAAAGUUGCAAGAAUUGGAGGAAGAUGCAGUUCUGAGGAUCCAGUUCUUCAGAACUGCCUUCUGUAUAAUCUAAAAAAAAGUCAUUUAAUUGACUGGGAAAGAAAGAGGGAAAUUGACAGUUUGCGUGGGAAGCUUUCAUUAUUGGAAAAUGAAAUCCAUUAUUUUACAAACAUGUUUCAAUCCUCUAGAGUUAUUGGAUAUGGACACUUACACAGCUUUAUAUCUGAAUUGCAACUGCAGUCACUGCUGUAUGUUGCAGAUGAUGUUUCAAGGCCAUUUGAUUAUUGGCUUCAUGCUGAUGACCUCAAGAAAAUUUUACAGCAAGAGAUUGAACAAAGGUACCAAUUUAAGAAUAAAAGUCAGUCUGCUAGCAAAGUUAAAGCAGAUAUUGAUGAAACAAACCCCCAGGCAAGUGAUAGUGGUGUGGAUGAUGGUCACCGGCAUUUACCAGGGUCUGAAGAGAAAACAGUCAACCAAAAUGAGGGAUCUGAUGAAGAUACAGCAGGUGAUGAAACAAACCCAGAAAGUCACAAUGAUGUGGCAGUUAGGCACAAACCAUUUGCAGGGUCCGAAGAGAAAAAAAUUGACCACAGUGAGGGAUCUGAUGUUUCUGAGCCUAGCAACUCAAAAGUAAAAUUGUUGGAUGAAGAGAAAUGUCCAGAUGAUGAUACAGCUGCCAGAUUUAGGUCACCAGAGACAAUGGGGGAAGAGGUAGAUACAAGAAGUGACAGUGAAAGUCAACUUGAUAAGGCAAAUGGUUAUAUUGCUGUAAAAGGAGAGGCUGAAUUAUUAACCGAACAACGUGAAAUCAUAGAAGGAGAAUAUGAUUUUGAAUCAAAUGAGAUGAUAUAUAACCAGUCCGAUGGAUUAUUAAAUGAUGCCCAAAAUAUGGUUGCUGACAUGAAUAUUUUGAAGACCCCACAUGAAGCUCAGCAUGUAGUAAAACAUGAGGGGAUAACAAAGGAUGCAGAGUUACACACAUUUGGGAAACCUUUAAAAAUAUCAAAAAAAGGGGAAAAAGAAAUGCGAAAGAAGAUGAAGAAACUUGAACGUGACAUUCAGCAGGCUAGCUCUUCUGAUGACUACAUGACUGAAGAUGAGGCAAACAGCAUAGAGAACCUUUGGGUUCUCUCCACUGUGGAAAGAUGGCGUUUGUAUCGUUAUUGGAAAUGCUUAUUUAAUAACGACAGUUUUCAGCGCCUUUGGUAUCACAUCAGAGAACACAAUCGUACUCGGCUUGAACUGCAAGAAAUGAAGGAUGAUGAAGAUUUCCAGCUGCUUCAAAACAUGCAUAUAUUAGGCAUGACUACAACUGGGGCAGCAAGGUAUCACCACAUCCUCAAAAGACUGCGUCCCCGGAUUGUUAUUGUAGAAGAAGCAGCAGAAGUGUUAGAGUCCCACAUUGUGACGGCACUCAAAGAAGAAUGUGAGCACUUGAUUCUCAUAGGAGAUCACCAGCAGCUUCGACCAAACCCUGCUUUUUAUGUUCUGGCCAAGAAAUUCAACCUAGACAUAUCCCUCUUUGAAAGAAUGGUGCGAAACGGUAUGCACUGUGACAAACUGGCCAUACAGCACCGUAUGCGACCUGAGAUAUCACGUCUUCUGGUGCCUGAAAUAUAUGACCAUCUUCUUGAUCAUGAGUCUGUUUUCCAGUAUGGGAAUGUGAGAGGAGUUGAAGAAAACCUUUUCUUUAUUGACCACAAUUUUGAAGAAGAAACUGACCAUGAUUCCAAAAGUCACUCCAACAAACACGAAGCGACCUUCCUUGCUGCUCUCUGCCACUAUCUCAUAAAUCAAGGUUACAGUAAAUCACAGAUCACCAUUCUGACCGCAUACACGGGCCAACUUUUUGAAAUGAAAAAACACUUCCCAAAUAAAUUUGAAGGGAUUCGAGUGACACCUGUGGACAAUUUUCAAGGAGAGGAAAAUGACAUAAUUCUUCUCUCUUUAGUCCGCAGCAACAAGCAAGAACGCAUUGGUUUUCUCAGCACUUCAAACCGUGUUUGUGUGGCUCUGUCUAGGGCGAGAAUGGGCUUCUAUUGUAUUGGGAAUGUUACGCUAAUGUCACGGCGAAGUAGCCUCUGGGAAAAACUGGUCAAUAAGCUGAAAGAACGGCAACAGGUGGGCACUAAACUGACUUUGUAUUGUCAAAACCACCCCAAAACGAAAUAUCAAGUAUCAAAGAAAGAAGAUUUCCAGCACAUGCCUGAUGGUGGGUGCGGAUUGCCAUGUGAAUUUCGCUUGGAGUGCGGCCACGUAUGUGCACGUAGCUGUCAUCCUUAUGAUGCAGAUCACAAGCUGUACAAAUGUGAAAAGCCAUGUGAAAAACGCUGUGACUCUGGACACAAAACCUGCAAGAGAAAAUGCUAUCAGAUUUGUUCGCCGUGCAGUUUUGAUGUUACUGUUCGAUUGCCAAAAUGUGACCACAAAAUUAAAACCAAAUGUUACAUAGAUCCAGCUGACAUAGUUUGCCGAUUCCCAUGCGAACAAUAUCUUCACUGUGGGCAUAAAUGCAAAAACUUGUGCUCUGAACCAUGUACUAUGCAUUGUAAAGACCAAGUUUUGAAAUAUUUACCAUGUGGGCACGAGCGUUUCCUACCUUGCCACCAGGAUAAAGCCUUUGCAACAUGCCACAAAAUUGUAGAAAGACAGCUGCCCUGUAACCACGUGGUAAAUAUUGCCUGUCAUACAGAUAUAUGUACAUACAAAUGUACUGAAUUGAUGCAAAAAAUUCUGCCAUGUGGGCAUGAGUUUGAAGCGCCAUGCUACCAAAACGUAACAUGCCGCAAAAUUGUAGAAAGACUGCUGCCCUGUAACCACGUGGUAAAUAUUACCUGUCAUACAGAUGUAUGUUCAUACCAAUGUACUGAAUUGAUGCAAAAAAUUCUGCCAUGUGGGCAUGAGUUUGAAGCGCCAUGCUACCAGGACGUAACUAACACAGAAUGCCCACUACGAAUUACUGAAACGCUUCCUUGUGACCACACUCUUGAAAUGAAAUGCCACGAAAAAAGCGCAGACUUAUCUCAUCGAUGCACAGUCUCUGUAGAAAGAUCUUUGCCCUGCGGACACACGGGGAAAAUGGCUUGUCAUCUAGAAGUGGGACAUUACCAAUGCAGACAAAAAAUGAUGCUGACAUUCCCAAAGUGCAACCAUCAAGUAGAGGUUAAGUGUGCCACUAUAGAAAAAGUCUUGUCGAAGGGAUGUCAGUUGCAAGUGGAACGAAUGCUCUCUUGUGGCCACCAGGUCAAGGCAAGUUGUGGAAUGGCUGAAAAGGAAUUAGUUGAAGCUUGUCCUGCUGUCUGUAAAAAAACACGUGCUUGUGGUCACAUCUGUGAGGGAACAUGUGGUUCUUGCAGACAAGGUACCCGCCACAUCCCGUGUUCAAGCCCUUGCUUAUAUGUGUUUCCUUGCGGACAUCCAUGCAAGGAGAAGUGCAGUGACGUAUGCAAACCUUGCUUCUUAGGUUGCGAACGAUCCUGCGCUCACCUGACAAAAUGCAGUAAGAAAUGCAGUGACUUCUGCAAGCGUUGUCCUCUGCCAUGCGACUGGAAGUGCUACCAUGUCCAGUGUAAGAGCCUCUGCUCCGAAAUCUGUUCAGAUCGCUUAAUUUGUGAUGAGCCUUGCCCGGAAAAACUAUGCUGCGGCCACCCUUGUAUUGGGAUGUGUGGGGAACCAUGCCCAUUGCUGUGUCGAAUAUGCAGCAGGAAAAGCAGAGUCUUUGCCGGUUUGCCACCCAGGUCCCGCUUUAUCAGAGUCCAACCGUGCAACCACGUCAUCGAGGUGACCAAGAUGGAUGCCCACAUGGCUCGCCAAGGAGAUGUAGUGACACUAGCCCCAAAACGGUGUCCUGUACCAAGCUGCAGGAAAAUAAUCCAAAUAUGCCCUCGAUAUGGAAGGGAACUGAAGACGUACAUUAAAGCCAAGGACGAGGCUUCAGCAAUUUUAAGAUAUGAAUAUUCUCUUUGUCAGCAAGUUCCCAAGUCUGCUAAGUUGAUAACAAGAAUAAAGGCAUUGGAUUCUCCAAUCUGUGCUGAGAUAUUUGAUUUUUGCAGCACUUCUGAGAUCGAAGGUCAAAAAGUACAAAUGGAUAAAGAGACCUCCCUGAUGUUGCUGACAAUGGGCACCAUUUUAGAUGCAACAGACGCCAUCAAAAGGUAUGGUCACACCUUAGUUUAUAUUAACGCAGUGUAA